GUGCCCAACAGUGCGCCCACUAACUCCGCCCACCUGUGCCCAGCAGUGCGCCCACUAGCUCUGCCCACCUGUGCAUCGACCUGUGCCCAGCAGUGCACCCACCUGUGCCACCCAGCAGUGUCACACGUCAGUGCCGCCAGUCAAUGCCCAACAGUGAUGCCAGUCAGUGCCACCUAUCAAUGCUGUCUAUCAGUAGCCAUCAGUGCCACCUAUCCGUGACACCUCAUUAGUGCUGCCUAUCAGUGCCGCCUAUCCGUGCCACCUCGUUAGUGCUGCCUAUCAGUGCCCUUCAGUGCUGCCUAUCAGUGCUGCUUCAUCAACGCACAUCAGUGAAGGAGAAAAAUUACCUGUUUGAAAAUGUU